AUGACCUGCUGUGAAGGAUGUACAUCCUGCAAUGGAUUCAGCCUGUUGGUUCUCCUUCUGUCAGGAGCAGUUCUCAAUGCAAUCCCUCUCAUUGUCAACAGAGUCGAGGAAGGCAAAUUUUUUCGAAACCCCAUCUCUUGCUUUGAGUGGUGGUACCCAGGAAUCAUAGGAGCAGGUCUGAUGGCUAUUCCAGCAACAACAAUGUCUUUGGCAUCAAGGAAAAGAGCCUGCUGCAACAACAGAGGCGGGAUGUUUCUUUCAUCAUUUUUUAAUAUAAUCACAAUCAUUGGUGCAGUGUACUGCAUGCUGGUAUCCCUGAAUGCUCUCACGGAAGGUCCUCUCAUCUGUAAUUCUCCAAGCAACAAUACCUGCAAAUUCUCAUUUGACAACUUAAGGAUUGAUCCCCAAUCCUUCAAUCUACAGUGGCUCUCCAAUGGAUCUUGCGUAGCUUCUAACAGUUUGAAUUCUCCCAUCAAGAAUGACACCAUGACCAGUGAGUUGCACGUCAGUCCUAAAGAAAAGAGGCACAGGACUAUCUUUUUCUCAGCAUUUGUAGGCUUACUGCUUGUGGGGUUCCUUGAGCUCCUGUUUGCACUCAGUCAGAUUGUCAUCGGUUUCCUGGGCUGUCUGUGUGGAGUCUCCAAGCGAAGAAGUCGAAUUGUGUAA